AUGAAGACAUUCGUUGCUCUCGCUGCUGCUUUGGCCGCAACGAUCCCCUUCUGCAGGGCUGAUGAUGUCAGCGCUACCGAGCCCAUAGUCGCCUUCAUGCAGCAGGAUGCCGCUGUGGAGGCUCUGCAAGCCGAUGAGCCCACCGCUGUAGCCGUUGAGGAAUCUGAGGGUGCGACUCCCCGCGUAUUCUUUCUAGACAAGCUCCUUGCAAAGUUCCUUCUGGCCAAGCUUACAGCAGCAAAGACCCAAGCUCCCACGACCACCGAACAUCACCACACCCAUCUCUACCCCGCUCCUCCUCCGCCUCCUCCUCCUCCCCCUCCACCUCCCCCUCAGAAGCUUCCCCCUCCACCCCCACCUCCUCCCCAGCAGUUCUACAUUCAUCACCAGCACAGCCACGAUCACAAUGUGAACGUCCCACCCCCUCCUCCGCCUCAUAGACCCGAGCACCAUCACCACCACCACCCUCCACCUCCGCCGCCUCCCAUUGUUUUGAUCCCUGUCACCACCACUACCACCUGCCCACCAGCACAUCCCCCACACCACCCCCCACACCACCACCACCAUAACCACCCUCAUUACCCCUUCUACCCCUACUACUAA